AUGCCCCCUGCCCGCCAGCCCGCCCGUCCUCCCGCCGGGGUUAAUGCCUUGACAAAUACGAAGACCGCUCAAGAGGUUCGUCAAGCAGCUGAAAGGGCCGCUGCGUUUCUUGCCCAGAGAGACCUCCAUAGCCAACCAGCGUCCAGUAUAAAUACAGGCAAUGGAGCUGAUAGGCUUCACACCUCCUUUGAGUUUGCUUCUCUAUCUGAAUAUGAAGCAAGCUUUCCUGCACGUGUAAUAAACGAAAUGAUCGAUCGUGGACAGAUUGGUCCGGAAUGGAGGGAACUGGCUCGGACUCGAGCUAUCCAAAACGUGUUAAACCGGGGUUCCCUAGUCGAAACCGGAUCGUCCCUUCCCAGCACGUUGGGAAGUAACACUUCGCGUCCUAUUAUUAUGGACACACAGAUGAAAAGAAGUACGGAGCAUGCUUUAACUACAAGCAUGAGUGGUGCGGAGCAGGGGCUCCUGCCACAUUUAGAAAGGUCUUCACUUUCAGCGGAAUCAGAUGCACCUUGUACCACUCGCUCGCGAUCCGUUCGUGGACGAGCGCGCAGAGCAGCGUUGCCACGUGCGGGAAGGCAAACGAACCCUCCUCGUCCGUUACCUAUUCAAGGGCCCAAAAUGGAACCGUUUGAUCCUGAAAAAAGUCGUGAAGAACUGGCCAGGUUUCUCGGAGCGUAUAUGGAUAAUGUAAUGCCUGGUGUCAAUCCCUCCUCCCUGUCAGCGGCUGACACAACGAGGCUGAUAAACGAUAUGGAGCAAAUGAUCGUUGCAGGUACUGGGUUGCCAACUGGCCCUAGUGCAUAUCCCGACAUAUCUGCGGGUUAUUUAGGUAGCCCUGGCAACAGCGGGCAGGAAGGAAUUAUGAGCGAUGAACUUCCACCAGUGGGGUGGGGAAUGUCCAAGGAACGGUAUAUGUGGCUGAUCGCCUAUAUGAAACGCUACAUGCCACUUGACACCCCAGCAACACUUAGUGAAGAUGAGAGAGCAGAAAUCAUGCUCGUUUUCGAUCGAGCCAUGCUUACGGACAGCCUCAAUGUUGAAGUACCUGAUAUCAAACUUAGUGAGAGCAUUGCUCAGCAAUCCAGGGAUAAUUCAACGCAAUCUAUUUCGGAGGAUGUGAGCAGGUCAGACACAUGUUCUCACUCGGCCAAUUCCAUUUCCGCCGUUGACAAGAACCCACCAUAUACUGCAAAAGCCUAUACCGAAGAAGAUUUGAGCCGGCUGGCUCGGGUUUCCUACGAUAUUGCCAUGAAAAGAGUACGUGAAGGAGGCGGAUCCCAGAAUGCUCUUAAUCAGAGGGACGAAAGCCAUGAUAAGUCCGAUAUUGACCAGCAUCAGUGCUCGAUUUCGGAAACUUUGCACCAGGUGUUGCUUGAACAAGUCACAAACUUUUUAGGGGAUAGUAAGGUGGACGCCCAGAAGCCAGACUUUCUCAAGCAGGGAAAUUCAACCCCUGCCAAAUCUGAUAUCACUUCCCCCGGAACUCGUACAGCUCGCAAAGCGGUUACCCGUCCCAGAGGUGGGCGAGGCAGAGGCCGGGUUACAGGAAAUGAACACCACCAAGGCCGAACUCAACAAGCAGACAACCCAGACCAGUAUAUUGCACCUGCAUCAAAAAUGGCUCCUGAUGCUUCCACCAUGACUGAAGACAAACGUGAAACACUUGCUUCCUACAUGGAGAGAACAAAGGCAAUGAAAACUUCGUCUGGCCAGCGCGGAAACAAAAGGGGAAAAUCUCGCCAAAUUGAGGAUGAGACAAAGACGGCAGUGGCUGAUGAACUCCCGGUUUGCACCAAUCCUCAUUGUCAAUGUAAUCAGGCCUUGCCUCACGAGGACUCUGCCAGCGAAGCCGGCGGUGGAUCGGGGCCGAAGUUCUUUGAACCGCCUACCUCAUCCAACGGUGCCGAUUAUGGCAGCGACAGUGAAGCUUCCAGCCCCAUGCCCUUCAAGGAAACAUUCGAAGAAGCCCUUCUGGCUACUUCAGCCUUUUCCGAGCGCGUCAAAGUCACUCCACGCAGCGGACAACGCCAAACGACCCACAUGUCUGGUGUCGACGAGUUGCUUGCGAAAGCCCAAAUGUUGGAGCAUGAUCAGUGCCCUCAGGAAGCCGAGAAAUCGGAUAAAGAUGGGUUGGCUGCCGAUGGCCAUCAGCAGAAUAAGCCACACACGCCUCUCGAUAGCCAGACUCCCGAGCUAGAUGAGAUGUUGACCGAGGCCAAGAAGGCGGAGUUGGAUAUGUUGGUCAAGAAAUAUCUCAACUGCACAUUGGAGCCCGAACGUAUGGGCGGCGUGGUUGACUGUCACUAUCGUCAAAGCACCAUCUCGUCAUCCCUGAAAGAGCGCGACCGCCUGUUCCACGCCAUGGAUGAGUUGAACGCACCGCCGCCGAAACCAGCAUGCACCAAUAAGACUCGCCCCAAGCGCGAGAAGGUUAGUGCCUGUGGCGCAACAAACAGCGAAAUUUACUCCGGAUUCCGCGCCGUUGUUGCUGAGCAGUUCAAGGCUCCCUCCAAGACCUCAGAGGACGGACCUGGUCUCAACCUUCCAGCCUUCCUGUUGCCUGGACUUUACGACUAUGUGAUGAGUCAGAAGAACGAUGGUGCUCCCGCUCCCAAGCCCCGCCGCCGCCGCGUCAAGUACAAGACAGUUGUAGCCCCCAUUCCUGCCGACCUCAAGAGGGAGAUUGAUCACUGGGAGGUAGAGUUCAAGGAGUUGGGGAUUCCGGAGGAGAAUUACAUGAAGUGGAUGACCGGCAGGUACAAUUCGUACUGCAAAGGCCUCGCGAAGCUCCAGCAGCUGGUUACCGAUAUGAAGCAGGGUCCUUCUAGCCCUGAAAUCAACCAUAUCUUGAAGGCUGCGCAAGGUGCGACUGGGGUGGCGGCUGACACUUAUUUGUUGAAAUCCAAUGCGGAAGGUUCUUCUUCUGCUGAAACUCCAACCCGUAAGAAGUGA